CCCCUCCCGCUCGCCAGGCGCCGGGCGUUCGCCUCACAUCCGGGUCCCGCCGCCGCCGCCGCCGCCUCCCGGGCCUCGCUCAUUCAGCUCCGCCGGAGCUCAGAGUUCCGACUAAGAUGGCGGCCGUGGGGCGAGCCGGCUCCUUCAGCUCUUCGCCGCCGGCCCUGGCCGCCGCCAACGGCUUCGCCCCGGCCUCCUGCACGGGCGGCGGCGACAAGGCCGAGGACGACGACGGGCAGAACCUCUGGUCCUGCAUCCUCAGCGAGGUCUCCACCCGUUCCCGCUCCAAGCUCCCGUCGGGCAAGAACGUCCUGCUGCUGGGUGAAGAUGGAGCCGGAAAAACAAGCUUGAUUGGGAGAAUCCAAGGAAGAGCUGAAGAGUGCAAGAAGGGGAGAGGGGCUGAGUAUUUGUACUUGAGCAUUCACGAUGAGGACAGAGAUGAUCAAACAAGAUGUAAUGUGUGGAUCUUGGAUGGGGACCUCUAUCACAAAGGGCUCCUAAAAUUUGCAAUGGAAGCUGACUCUCUGAGAGACACUUUAGUUAUUCUGGUUGUUGAUAUGUCAAAGCCUUGGACGGCUUUGGAUUCUUUACAGAAAUGGGCAAGUGUGGUGAGAGAACAUAUUGAUAAGUUAAAAAUCCCUCCUGAGGAAAUGAAAGAAAUGGAACAGAAAUUGAUUAGAGAUUUCCAAGAAUAUGUAGAGCCUGGAGAAGAUUUCCCAGGAUCUCCACAGAGAAGAAGCACGUUACAGGAAGACCGGGAUGACAGCAUCAUGUUACCACUGGGCGCGGACACGCUGACGUAUAACUUAGGUGUUCCGGUGCUCGUAGUUUGUACCAAGUGUGAUGCCAUUAGUGUGUUGGAAAAAGAACAUGAUUACAGAGAUGAACACUUUGACUUUAUUCAGUCACAUAUCCGGAAGUUUUGUUUACAGUAUGGUGCAGCACUUAUUUACACUUCAGUAAAGGAAAAUAAAAAUAUAGAUUUAGUAUAUAAAUACAUUGUUCAGAAAUUAUAUGGAUUCCCUUUUAAGAUCCCUGCUGUUGUUGUGGAAAAAGAUGCAGUAUUUAUUCCAGCAGGAUGGGAUAAUGACAAGAAAAUAGGAAUUUUACAUGAAAAUUUUCAAACAUUAAAAGCGGAAGAUAGUUUUGAAGAUAUUAUAACCAAACCACCUGUCCGAAAGGUUGUUCAUGAGAAGGAAAUUGUAGCAGAAGAUGACCAAGUAUUUCUCAUGAAGCAACAGUCCCAGUUAGCAAAACAACCACCAACAACAGCUGGAAGGCCAGUGGAUUCCACUCCACGAGUUCCUGGGGGUUCCCCUCGAACACCGAAUAGAUCCGUAUCAUCCAAUGUGGCCAGCGUGUCGCCCAUCCCUGCUGGGUCUAAAAAAAUUGAUCCAAAUAUGAAAGCCGGAGCUACUAGUGAAGGUGUCCUUGCUAAUUUCUUCAAUAGUUUGCUGAGUAAAAAAACAGGCUCCCCUGGAGGCCCUGGUGUUGGUAGCAGCAGCCCUGGAGGUGGCGGUGGCGGUGGUGGGAGCAAUUUACCACCAUCAGCAAAAAAGUCAGGCCAGAAACCUGUCUUGACAGAUGUUCAAGCAGAAUUGGACAGAAUUUCACGAAAACCUGAUAUGGUUUCUCCUACAACACCGUCUCCUACAGAAGGUGAAGCAUCUUGAAGAUACCAAAUAAAGCCAUUUAUUCAGUUUUCUGAGAUAAUGUAAACUUGCCUCUGCCUUUUCCUUCAAAAGUGGAAUUAGGGAGCCGAAACAUUUUUUUUCAGAAGGAUAAAAUUUUGAUGUCUUUUUUGUUGCCCAAUCUUACCAAAAGGGAACUGUACAAAUGGAAAAUUAAAUUACACUAUGUUGGACUUCUAUUUGCAUUGCCACUUUGCAUAAGGAAGUAAUUUUGAGAUUUUGAACACUCAGAACAAUUUCUAAAAUUGCAAUCUUUCCAUUGACCUUAUUCUAAACACCAUUUUUUUUUUUAAUGGGAGGGUUUGGGGAUGGGUGGUAAGCAAUAUGCAACACGGACACUGGACUGAUUUGGAAAUCCCUGUCUGUUUUAGCUUUAGGGCUGUUAAGAUGGUAAAUGAAUUAACCUGUUAGUUUUCUUGGAAGAUGGUGAUCAUUUGUUCUCUCUUGUGUGUACCAACAUGAAUGAAUUCAAAUUCUUUUUACUGCCAUGUGUAGAGUGUGCUCCCCAAGCUACUGGAUCACAUCUGAGCCACUAGGUCUAUUAAAAGUUGUGGGGCAGUGUCAUCUUCCAAGUAGAUGGCAUAGAGAAAUGUUGACCAAGUUUGAUUUAAUUAACUAGCAGAAUACGACGGCCUACUGCCUACAUAAAGAAAAAUGCAGAGGUUUUCAAAAUGAAAAGAAAAACAAUCUACAUAUUUGUUUCUUUAUGGCCCAGCCUUAAUACUCCCCUUUAUGUUUUCCAUACUACCGUGAUGGUUUUAAUGAUCAGUCUUUUAAACUGUAAUCAGUUAAUAAAGUAUUUAUUCUCUGCAUUCAGAUUUAAAUAAUUCAUUGCUUUCUUUUAUGUUUAAAUUUCUAUUUACUAGUUAACAGAAAAUAAGAUCUGCUAGUAUUUUUAUGUUUGACUCAGUGAGGUUAUUAAGCAUACUGAUAAUUCCCAUCUCUUCAUCCAAAUGUUCCUAAGACAAAAGUGGUGAAAUUUAUCAACCUCUUUGAUUUUGUAUAUCAAGGAAAUAUCAGGUACAGUGGAUGGUUUGCUUGCCUUUGGUAACCUUGCUUCCCUAAGGACGGAAAAUUUUCACAUCCCAGAACUUUGUAUAGCGUUCAGCCUCACAGAUUAUUUUAUGAGAGGCUGCUUCUUAGCCCUCAGUCAAUAUGCUCCUGGUAAACUAUUCCCUUCCAACACUUAUCAUUUCCCAAGAUUUUCAGUAGCUGCACUAUUAGAACCUAACCUAUAAUACCAUUAGUAAGAGAAUAUUUUCAUUGAUAGUUUGAUGAUCACAGUCAUGUUAGACCAACUUAAGCCAAUGAGGUAAAUUUUUUAAUUGUGUGCUUUUCUUUAAGUGACACUUCAAUUUUUUAAACUUUAAAAAUAUGCUCUAUAUUCCAAAGAUAUUCUUGAGAAAUCCCUGAAGAAUUAAAGAAAAAUCAUCUUUCAGGAGGUCUUUCAAAAUCAAUUUAGUCAUAGGAAAAGCAUGUUGGCUUCCUGUUCCUCCAUAAUUGAACAUACAUACUGACGGUGUGUGAGCAGAGAAGAAGCUUUAUAGAUUCCUCCAUAAGAGAAUAUUUGGGAAGAAAAGGAUGUUCUUUUACCCUGAAAAGUAGCCUAUUUGAGAAAACUUUUAUUUUCUUAAGAUAUGCAUGAGCUAAGUAAAACAUACCAUUGACAAAAGAAUAAAUAUUCAUCUCAAGUUGUGCAAAUAUAUUGUCAUGACACCAAUUUUUCUAAAUUAGUACUUUAUACUAAUACAGAACACCAUGGAAUAACUGGGAAGACCAAUAAAAUUGAUGCUCCUAUCUGUAUCUCUUAAUACCUCGAAUAUCUAUUAAGUUGCAUGCACAGAUUAAUGGGUUGUUUCUUAUAGGGCAUGAAGAUGUAUCAGAAAGCCCCAGAGGUGAAUUCAUUUAUGUAUGUGUUAUCUGUUGUCAUGCUGUUUACUCAGAGCAGAGGGGUCAGAUGCUGUCCUGAACUAGAUUAAAAUGUAAUUGGAACGUAUUUAAUGAAACAAAAAUAGAGUAGAACAUAGAUAAUGUUAACAUGUGAUUUUCUAAAUAUGUAGCCUGCAAAAAGCCUUAUAUUAGAAGUUUAAUGGCCCUAUUUUUAAUUGAAUUUAUUACUAUGUGUUCUCGAAGGUUCAGGUAUAACUAAUCCCAGCUCCUUAACUUUAGCAUGUCUGGUGCUAUAACUAUUUUUGUAUUGAUUAAAUGUUUUCAAGGAAGGCAA